AUGGAAGAGCUGAGUAUUAAGAAGCGAGUCCGUGACGAGUUGGACGAGUCAGAGAUUGACUCGCCGGAUGUCAAGAGAAUCCGAGAGGAUCUUCUCAACAAUCUUGACGAUUCGGAUCUGUGUACGGAGAGUGAAGAUCUGGAGUCGUUCAUGAAGAGCUUUGAAGAAGAGAUAUCUGGUUCUCCGUCACAUGCUACCGUGGUGGAUCUGACGUCAGAUUCAGGCGAGUCUCAGCCGGAUCUCGGGUUCCUUUUGGGAGCAUCCGACGAUGAACUCGGCCUGCCUCCAUCAAAUACGUCACCGAACGGGGUCGAGUAUCCGGAGGAAAAUGAGUUGGUGAGAGUUUCUUCCGAACUCAGUGAGUUAUGGGGAUUUGAAGAUCAUAUUCCGAGUUAUGACUCGUUUGAGUAUGGAAUCGGUGUUACCGACAGCCAUAUCAACGGUAACGGCGAGUAUGUGGCCUUAGAGGGAUUGUUUGAUUAUUCAGAUCUAGGCUUUGGGUCAGAUUUGUGGCGGCCUGAAACGUUACCGGCACAGUAA